AAGACAUUUAUCAACAGUCAUUCUAAGUGAGCUCUUCAAAACUGCAAAUCAUACUCGGAUGCAGUUCCUCCGCCAUUCUCGUUGUGGAUCCUGACUCUGUCAUCUCUGUCUUUCUCAGAGCUCGAAGGGCUCCAGCUAAUGACCCCGAAGGCUUCUAGCUCUCGACCUUGCGGAAAAUUCGACUCAGUUCAGCAUCAGGCUACGGUGCUCAACAAGUGUUGGAAGUAAUGCAAGGGAAGGAAUAUCGUUUCCGGGCCAGCGACAAUCUUGUCAAUAUGAGUUCGUAUGUUCUCCAGAUUGGAAAUCGAGGGGAAAGUUUGAAGCUAUCGUGUCCGUAUAGGAGGAGUUCAGCGAUCCUGGAUUCCAAAUCGAGUUUGUUAUUCCAAUGCCGACAACAAUCUGUUCAGGGAUUCAGAUUCAGGAAGAGGUAGUGUGUGCAGGCGGAUUACUGCGGAGGAGUUUCAUCUUGAUACGGACAAGUUUUUAUACAACUCUUUCUAUGUGCAUUUGAAAAUCCUGUGCUCAAAAUUCUUUCGAAUCCUCACGCGAGGUGAUUCAUGUGCGUUAUUACAACCCAGUUAAAUGCCAUUUUCUCCUUGAAUCUGCGGAUUAAAGUAGAGAGGCGCCAAUGACGAUGGAUCAUCCACGAUACAAACGUCAGUGCCAGCUUCAGGGACAUGAAGAAGAUGUCAGUCUCUGCAGCUUCUGGCUUGUUGAUCAUCAUUUGUAGUUGAUGAUCAUGAUCAAUUUCAUGUUUUUGCAGCUGACUCAACAGAGCCUCUUGCACAUGCAAAGGUCUCCGUGUUCGAUGCCGAACAAGAAUGAGUGCAAUGCCUUUGCACAGAAAUGGACUUGUGCUUUUUAUCGUGCGGGAUCUAGACUGUUUGACUUAUGCCUGAAGGUUUCACGAGCGAAUGAGUUAAUUCUUUACACUUCAAUGGACUUUCCUAGAGCUAGAUUGUUCUUCAUACUUCUUUUCUGAAAUCUUGCACAAGAGUAUUGUUGAAGUUUGCGCAGCCAAACAAUCUUCCUCCAAGUGAGAUUAGUUUUUCGUAUGUUUGUUGGUUAGGCGAAUACGACUUUAAUACGAUUUUAAAACCACGGUUUUGGAAACAGUAGAUUCAUUUUAUGUAGACAUGCAUGCUAGGAAUAUGUACCAAGUAGAUGCCAGAUGAAGUUAAUGUUUCAGUCGAAGACUUCCUCCUCCUUUAUUCGAAUGUGUGUACAGACAGAAUUUAGGUUCUUCACCUUUGGUGUGUCCAUAUACUUGAAAAUAUACCUGAGCUUAUAUCUAGGGUCAUAGGACGAUUGUAUUGAUUCCAAAAUUUUCAGUAAUAUGUUUGUCACAAAGCACACUUGAGGAUCUCACCUCACUAAAAC